CACAGUCCAACAGCAACAGGCAUGUGGAAUGGCAGCGGGCCAGUAAGUUAAUCCAAGUUGGAAAUUAAAUCCAGGUGCUCAUAUAUCCAGCCAGCAGUGCGUUCAGAACAGACUCAGGACUUCGCUAUGGCUUUUCUAACCGACUUUUUGACUAGAGCCGAUGUGAUAAUAUAUUUUGCAGUUUGCAUUGUUUUGCUUAUCUACUGGUUGAAUGGAUCUAAGAAGAGCAGAGCAAAGAUGCCUCCUGGACCUACCCCUCUGCCCUUCAUUGGAAACCUCCACCAGCUGGACCUGAAAAACACCCACCAGUCACUGAUGGAGAUGUCUGAGAAGUACGGGGACGUUUUUACUCUGCAUUUUGGACCCAAGAGAGUAGUGGUCAUUGCUGGAUACAAGGCUGUGAAAGAAGCUCUUGUUACCCAAGGUGAUGAUUUUGUAAACAGGCCAAGCUCUCCACUCUUGGACUUAAUAUCAAAGAACCAUGGUAUAAUAUUUUCCCAUGGAGAAGAAUGGAAAUCUAUGAGGAGGUUCACACUAUCAACACUUCGAGACUUUGGAAUGGGGAAAAAAUCUCUAGAAGGCAGAAUUCAAGAUGAAAUAAUUGCCCUUAUAGAAAGUUUGAAAUGUUACAAUGGCAAACCAUUCAAUCCACACUUAUUAAUAAACAGCGCUGUAUCCAAUGUCAUCUGCUCCAUUAUCUUUGGCAACAGGUUUGAGUACGAUGACCCAACAUUUCAAAAAUUAAUCAAUAUGUUAGAUGAAAAUGCCAAAAUGGCGGGUGAACCCAAAGCACUGCUGUUCAAUUUUUAUCCCUUCAUUGGAACUCUCUUGGGUCUACAUAAGAAAGUAAUGCAGAACAUCGAAAAUCUAAAAGACUUUAUCCAAAAAAAUGUAAAGAAACAAAGACUGGAGUUCAACGCCAAUGACAUCACUGGAUAUAUCGAUGCAUAUCUUUUGAAACAGGAACAGGAGUCAACAAAACCUGGGACCUAUUUUCAUGAUGAAAAUCUGCAAUAUUCAGUCCUGGAUCUCUUUGAUGCUGGUACUGAAACUACAUCUACAACAAUCCGUUGGGGAAUUUUGUUGAUGAUGAAGUAUCCAGAAAUUCAAAAGAAAAUACAGGAUGAAAUUAAAACACAUCUUAAACCAGGACAGUUGCCAGCAGUAGAGGAUAGAAAAAAAAUGCCUUAUACUGAUGCAGUAAUACAUGAAGUACAGAGAUUUGCCAAUAUUGUUCCACUGAAUGUGUCACAUGCCCCUCCAACUGAUGUGUAUUUUCGGGGGUACUGCAUCCCAAAAGGUACAGAGGUUAUUCCAUUCCUGACAUCAGUUCUCAAUGACAAGACUCAAUGGAAAACUCCCUAUGAUUUUAAUCCCAAUCACUUUUUGGAUAAAGAUGGGAAGUUUGUCCGAAAUGAUGCAUUUAUGCCUUUCUCAGCAGGAAGAAGAGCUUGUGCUGGAGAAAGCUUGGCCAGAAUGGAACUUUUCCUGUUUUUCACUGGACUUCUUCAAGCAUUUACUUUCUUUCCACCACCAGGAGUUUCCAGGGAAGAUUUAACUCUCAAGCCCGAUGUUGGAUUCACAUUAACCCCUACAAAAUAUAUGACAUGUGCCAAACUGAACUAGUAGUGUAUUUUGGACACAAUUAACAACACAGAGGCUAACGUUGGUGUUGAUUAUGUUUAUAAGGGGUUUUCUGUGAAAAGUAUUUCUGUAUUGAAAAGCCAUCUUAAUUACACAUGACACACCUGUAGAAUAAAGUCUGUUUUACGCUUA